GCAGCCCCUGUUCACCCCACAGAGCACCUUGAGGGAUGCCCAAGAAGUUCCAGGGCGAGAACACCAAGUCGGCUGCUGCCCGGGCGAGGAAGGCUGAGGCGAAGGCAGCAGCCGAUGCAAAGCGGCAGCAGGAGCUGGAGGAUGCCUUCUGGAAGGAUGAAGACAAACACGUCAUGAGGAAAGAGCAGAGGAAGCAGGAACGUGGGCGGCUUGCGGGGGAGCAGCUGGAGCGGAAGAAGGAGCUGCAGCGCCUGCUGGAGGAGGAGGACUCCAAGCUGAAGGGGAAGGCGCCCAAGCAGGCGGCUCCCGCCAAGGUCACCCGGGCGCAGAUCGAGGAGACACUGCGGAAAGACCAGCAGCAGGAGGACGGUGACGCAGUGGAGAAGCAGAAGAGCCACCUGGAAACUCCCCUGGAGGAAAACAUCAACAGGCAGGUGGUGGAGGAGGGCACCGUGGAAGCCAGAACCAUUGAAGAUGCCAUUGCCGUGCUCAGUGUGGCCAGCGACCUGGACCGGCACCCGGAGCGCCGCAUGAAAGCCGCCUUCACCGCUUUCGAAGAGGUCAACCUGCCGCGCCUGAAGCAGGAGAACCCCAACAUGCGCCUCUCCCAGCUCAAGCAGCUCCUCAAGAAGGAGUGGAUGAAGUCCCCAGACAACCCCAUGAACCAGAGGCACGCGUCCUACAACUGCCAGAAGUAGGACUGGACCCAGCAGCCUGAGCCGGGGCUUCUGCAGACGCUCGCAGAAGCCAAGCGAAGGCGGGACCCUCCUCUCUCACACGUGCCCUUCCCCGCCCCUCCUGCCCCUCUGCUCGGACUCUGAUUCAACACGCGGCGCUUACAGCUGUUCCCCGGGCCCUCCAGGCUGCUUCCCGCUCCCCCGGGCAGUUGGCGCCUGGCCCACUGCCAACCCCGGCUGGAACAGUCCCCCGCGUGCAGCCCCGUCUACAGCACAGGGUCCUGACCCUCCUAGGCAUCGCCCUGGGUGGACCAACAGUCCUCAAUGCCUUGGAGCCACCGCCGUCAGCGUAGACCUGCAGCUGGUGCCGCUGUGCAGACCUGCACCCUCCUGGUGCUGCCCAGCCCUGGGGAGAACCCCGAGCAGCCCCCGGCCCCAGCGUGUGUGCAGUGCCCCCGAGAUGAAGCCUCCCUGUUUCUGGCCUCUGCCUUACACCCCUCUUUGCAGGGAGGCUGGAGGGGCUCGGUGGGUUACAUGCGCGCCACCAGCGCUCGCGGGCCCUGCGCCAGGUGCUGGGCAGGGGGAGAGUUCUGGGCAGGCACAGGGAGCAGAGGGAGCUGUUUCAGCACAGCUCAUCACCCACCUGCCCUCCCACCGCCUGUCCUAGCACCUGCCUCUGUGGAGCUCGGUGCUGUGUCUGCCAUGUGCGUGGGUCCCAGAGCUUUGCACGGUGCUGGGGGGACACGAGCAGGGCCAGCCCCUGCCCUACCAGCAGUCCCAGCCUCAUGGCUGGCGCAGUCCCCCGUGCCUACCCUUCCCUUCCCUGCAGUAUUUAAGCUCCGCAGCCUGGUACGAGACUUCUCCCAGGUCUUCUGGGGUGGCCGCAAAGGGGGGUUAGUGCCAGGGCCCAGAGUCCUUAUCCUGCAUUAAACGGUCACGGGUGUUCCUCCUUCCCCCUUCACGUGCGCCUUGGGCCCCACUCUCCCACCUGUAGGCCCUGAAAAUCUGGCCCCAGCCACCGUGCUGCUGGUGCCCAGCCGCCCUCUCCCCGGCUUGUCUGCCAGGCCCUUGCCUUUGCACGGGGGUAGCAGUGGGGUCCAACGUGGGCACAGGGACAGAAGCCGUUGACGGCCUCCUGCUGCUCUUCUGUGUCCUUCCCCUCCCUGCUUGCCCUCUUGCCACCCCUCGGCCCCAGCCGUUUGCUCCGGACCGCUCCAGCUGAGGGCACUGGGCCUGCUCCUCCCUGCGGCGGCCUGUGACUAGCGGGACGAUGGGGCAGCCGGGCAUCUUCCUCGGUGCACGCUGUGUUCGGUUUGGGUUUGAUUGACUCUGGUGCGGUGCAAGCCCAGCUUGUGACUGCUGGAAGAAUAAAGCGUUUGGAUCGUGCUG